GACGUCUUGCCUCACGCAAACACUCCCCAAAACAUGCGUCUUCCCAUCCUUUGCUGCACUCAUCAUCCCGUCUCAGACAUCCUACUGCUGUGAAGGCUUCUGGAACAUUUUGGUGAACUGCUCACUGCCCGUCCUCUGACCGCCUACAUACACCAACCAUGCCGCCCAAGAAGGCAAAGGCGAAGGCUGCACUUGCUGCUGCACAACCCGUCAGCGCUUCCCAGCCAGAACCGCAACGAGCUACUCGCGCAGCCACUCGCAAGCGUAGACACAGUGAUACCUCCAACAUCUCUGAGGCCUCUACCAUCCUGACCAAGACGCCGGCUAAGCGUGGCCGACCGCGGAAGGGCAAGGCACCUGCGUCUCAACAACUUGACGCCACGACUAUUGAAGAGGAGGAGGAUAAAGUGAUGGACGAGGCCGCAAGCAAGUCACCGGUCUGCGAAGGGAUUGCCGGCUCGCAAACGAACGAUGCUACUACCGACACGAUUCAAGUCUCUCAGUCUUCGGCCAAACAAGUUCACUUCGGCAGCGACGCUGGAGAGGACGACGAGAACAUGGAACCAUCCGCCACGAACAUCACUCCACACCCACGCAAGAUGGCCAUCAAGCGCCGCCGCAGCGACUCGCCCAUCGUCGCCGGCAGUGUCAAGCGAGUGAAGAGCAGCCGUACUUCCCUCCCCCAUGCCCUGUCUCUCGACGAGCCCACCCAGAUCAUUCAAGAGCAUUCCUUCGCUCCGCUGAGAGCCGUCCUCGAUGAGCGUAUCCGUCGUCUGUCCACCCUCCGAGAUGGCAUCACACAACGCGAGAUCGACAUGCAGUUCGACGGCACAACCGACACUCCACACGAUGAUGACAUGCUCGUUCUCAAUGCACAAGACGAGUUUGAAGUCAUGCAAUUCCCGAACGCACCUCAUACCCCCCUCAUGAACGGCACGGACAAGUAUGCAUCCCGCAAGUCUGUCACUCCUGGUGCGUACGAUCGGUCUCAGUGGGCUGCGGAGCGUAAACAGUUCCACGACGCUAUCGAGGCCCUGGAGAGAGAGGCAAAUGAGGCCACCAGUCAACUCCGUAUCCUCAACAUCGAACUGGAAUCCCUUGACUUCGCUGCAGAAGGCGCCCCCAGCCGCGACGUCCUCCAAUCCAUCCGCGAGUCUUUCGCUCAAGCACGCGAGUUCCUCGAGACCGAGCUGCCGGGCAGUCUGCCGGAGAAUGCUUCCAGCAAAGAUCUGGUCGACCAUCUUGUCGCCAAUGUGCAGGAGUUUGCGGAACGCUUGCGCACAGCGGAUGGCGAGCUGGGCAGCAAAGGCGAGCUCGUGAACGAGCUGGGAGGACAGAUCAACGGACUGCUGGACCGCCUCGCCAACAAGGAGAUCAACGAGCUUCAAAUGCGCGAUGAGAGUGCCAAGCUCACCAUGGCAGUUCGAAGCAAAGACACCAUCAUCGCCGACCUUCAAGAAGACGUUCGUGCCAACGAUGCUGACCGAGACGACGCCGAGAAAGAGCGUGACAGUGAGACUGCACGCGCAGGACAGCUGGAAGCAGAGAAGAGUGAGCUCGAGAAGAAUGUUGAGCGCCUCUCUAUCUCACUCCGCGAAUACCAGGACGCUGAGAACAAGCUCACCAAACGUAUUAACGAUAUGGAGGAUGAGCAUCGUCGCACCGUCACUGCUAUGAAUGUGGAGCGCGAGGAGACCGUGCGAGACCUCGAGGAUCGGCUGGAUAGCGAGGUGAAAGGUCGAAAGGAAGCUGACGAGCUGAACGAUCGUCAUCAAGAGAAAAUCACAGGACUGGAAGCCCAUAUCAACGGGAUUGACGCGGAGCGCGAUGAGCUGCAACAGAAACUGGAUGCAGUCACCGCAGAGAGGGACGAGCAGCACGAGAAACGCGACACUGUCGAGACGGAGUUGGAAGAGAAGGACGCCGAGAUUGAAGAUCUUGCCUUGCGCGUGCGUCGUCUGGAUGAUGAGCUGGACGGCUACCAGGAAGAGCUUGAUCAGCUUCGACAGCUGGCCGAGGCAGAGCGUCAACAGCGCGAGGCCGCGGAGAAGGCGCUGGACGAGAGCAAUGAGAGCGUCGAGAGUCUUACCGGGAAGCUACACGACCAGGGCAAACAAGCCAAUGAGCUCCGCCAGAAACUCUUCGAAGUCCAGACAGAGCAUGACCGCCAGGUCAAGGAGUUGAAGGACGCAGCAUCCGGGCGUGAUGUGCAGUUCCAGGAAGAGAUGGCGGGAGAGGUGCAGAGUCGUGAAGAAGCCGAAGCGCUUGCUCAAGAGCGUGCUGCCAACAUCGACGAGUUGCAGCGUCAGCUGAGCAAGGUGGAGGGGGAGAUGCGCCAGACUCUCGCAGAGCGUGAUGCGGAGCUGACAAUUCUCAAAGAUCAACUUGAGCAGCAGGGCGUGGAGAUCCAGAAGCUUCGAGAUGCUUUGCACAGCGCUGAAGACGAAAAGGACGCCCAGGCUGAAGAGGACGAGACGCACAUUCAGACGCUGGAAGACAAUAUCACGACUCUACGCCAGACCAUUGAUCGACAUGAAGACACUGUGGCGAAUUUGCAACAGCAAGCCACCGACACCGCGCGUGAGCAUCAGUCGCAGAUUGACGAGAGGAACGCGCAGAUCGAGUCUCUCGACUACGAAAUCACGGAGCUGAAGCUGGUGAGGGACGAUCUGGAAAAGGACAAGACGGAGCUGGAGCGCAAGGUGCAAGACGAAGCAGAAUUCUUGCUCGUCUUCCAGAACGAGAAGAAUGCUGAGGUGGACGAGUUGAAGCUGGCCAUCAAAGACAAGCAGGACAAGAUUCACGCGGUGGAGACGAAAGUGCGCAACGCGGACAGGCGCUGGCAGGAUCUCCUCUCUGCGCGCGACGAGGAGAUUGCCGCGCUGGCUGCUACGAACGGCAAGCACACCCGCACGAUUGAGAGCAUCGGUCGCAAGUUUGGGGACUACGUCCGUCGCUCGUCCCACUUUAUCGCCCGCUUGCAGGAGCAGGUGGAUGCCGCAAAGGUCAUUGUUGAGGAGGAGGGCGAAGGGCUGGAGGAUGAUGGGAAAGAGUUGUUGGAGGAAUUGAUGCUGAUGGAGGUUCCGAGUGGCGCCGAGGCGGAGGGGAAGAGGGGGAGGGCCAGGGGGAGGAAGAGGACGGUUGACAGCGCCAUUGGCUUGGCAUCUUCGCCUACCCAUGGAGGAGCGGAGGGGUUGAUGUCUUGAGGGAGGACUUGCGAACAGAGUUAGUUGGAGCAAGGGCUACAACGGAAGACUGGAGGAAGUGAUACAGAGUGCUGCGUGUAUCAUUCCGCUCGAGGUGUAUUUUAUAUCUGCAACGGUGGAAUUGUAUUCGUCUCAAUCAGCG